AUUGGAGCAAAAUUCACAUCUACCUUUUUUUUUUUUGACUAAAUUCACAUCUACCUUUAGAAAACAAAAGGGAAAUACACAAAAACGAACCACGAAAACAUCACAAUUCAAAUCGAAUCCCGCUAAAUAAUUUAACUGCAAUCUUCUUCUUCUUCAUUUCCUCGAGUUGCAGCUCCUCACAAGUGCCACUUCACACUCGAUCCCCUUUCAGAAACUAGGGUUAGGGUUUUAGUUCCUCCGCUACACAGCCAUGGAAGCCGCAGUAAUCGACGCCGGUUCCAGCCUCCUCAAAGCUGGUUUUGCAAUUCCCGAUCAAACUCCCGCCAUGAUAAUUCCUAGUCAGAUGAAACGAAUGGCUGAUGAUAAGGGAUCAGCAGAUGAUAAUGGUAAUGGUCAGUUGGUGGUGGAUGAUGUUGCUGUUGAACCGGUGGUUCGAGGUUAUGUUAGAGAUUGGGAUGCUAUGGAGGAUUUGUUGAAUUAUGUUUUGUAUUCUGGUCUUGGAUGGGAAAUUGGUAAUGAAGGACAAAUAUUGUUUACAGAUCCACUUUGUACCCCAAAGGCUAACAAAGAACAGCUAGUGCAACUAAUGUUUGAAACAUUCAACAUAUCAGGGUUUUAUGCAUCGGAACAGGCAGUGCUGUCGCUCUAUGCCGUGGGAAGGAUCUCUGGAUGCACGGUUGAUAUUGGUCAUGGAAAAAUAGAUAUUGCUCCAGUAAUUGAGGGUGCUGUUAACCACAUUGCCUCAAGAAGAUUUGAGUUUGGAGGUACUGAUCUAACUAAUUUCCUGGCUCAAGAACUUGGCAAAUCCAAUCCGCUAGUGAAUAUCAGCAUGUCGGAUGUUGAGAAAAUAAAACAGCAAUACUCGUGUUGUGCUGAAGACGACUUAGCAUAUCAGAAGACCGGAAAUUCUUGUCCUGUGGAGACACAUACCCUUCCUGAUGGACAGGUGAUAACAAUUGGAAGAGAAAGAUAUACAGUUGGUGAAGCUUUAUUCCAGCCAAGUCUAUUGGGUUUAGAGGCUCAUGGCAUUGUAGAGCAGCUUGUCCGUACUAUUUCAACUGUUACAUCUGAUAAUCACCGGCAACUUCUGGAAAAUACUGUGGUUUGUGGUGGCACUUCUUCUAUGACUGGAUUUGAAGAGAGAUUUCAGAAGGAAUCUUUGCUAAGUUCAUCUGCUGUUCGACCUACCUUGGUUAAGCCUCCAGAAUAUAUGCCGGAAAAUUUAACUACAUAUUCUGCAUGGGUGGGAGGUGCCAUACUUGCCAAAGUAGUUUUUCCUCAAAAUCAGCAUGUAACUAAGGCAGACUAUGAUGAAAACGGGCCUUCCAUUGUUCACCGGAAAUGCUUCUGAAGGAUAUCCUGAAACUGCCGGUUCCUUUACACAUGUGUUAGAACAUGUGGUAGGCCUUCAUUUGACUUCAGAUUCUAAAUGCUAGUCUUGCUAGAUGUCCAGGUAUUUGUAUGAUUUUAAAAAUUAUAUAGUGGAUCUCCAUUAAUUAAACUCCGAUUAUAUUUCCGUGUACCAGUGUUUAGACACCAAAUCUAGAUGAUUUCAGUAAAGUUAGGGUUUGAAAAGUAUCAUAAAAACAUGUAAGGUACCUAAGUUAUCUUGUAAUGAGUAGAGCCUGCAAGAGAUUAAGUUUGGUCCUCCGA